GACAGUGUUGAAAGCUGGACGGCAAACAGUGGUCCAUGUGUUUUUUUAAGUGUGCACUUAAUUUAUAAUAAAAUGCGUAAUACAAACUAGGAUUGUUAGUAAAAUGUUUUGGGUCCUAAAGCUGUUUUUUACUCUUCGUUAGAUCUUUAAUUCUGCUUUAACCAGGCGUCGGUCUGGAAACCACGCCAGCAGAUCUAACGUUACCGUAUGUAAGUUAACAGUUAAACAAUUAUGUUUGGCGUAUUUGAUAAUUUCCUAUGAACCACGACGAUCUACAAGACUCUAACUUAAUAGACAGUGGAUAUGCAGAUCUCCAGAAGUCUAUUCAUUUGAACAUACGUUGCAAACGUACGAAUGAUGACUGGUGUUUCUUCUGGAUGCAGAUCUUCAUGUUCUCUUGAUCACAUUAUGGAUGCGUCAAGUUUGGAUUUCCAAAACAUUUUCAUAUCGUUAUAUGCAGGAGCAGCUCCCAGCCUGAGCAGUAAAGACUUGGCCAGCAGAAUAGCAUCGUGUCUUACUUCUCAAACAGAUGGACCUGUCAGUCGUACAGACGUUAUGUGCUUGUGUCUGACUCUCACUGAAAACAUCAUUACCAGACUGUCAUCACAGAGUCUGCCACAAGAUGUCAGAAUAUACUAUGAAGAUGUUAUGAGAAGUCUGUGUGAAAUGGAUCUGAUGGCAAAGCUGGUUUCCCUCCUUGGCUGUCAGGACCAACUGGUGUCUCAUUUGUCUACAAAGUGUAUGUCAGCCUGUGUCAUCAAUGACAUUUCCAUGAUUGAAAGUAGCAGCUCACUUUGGAGAGACACUUGUGCUGAAGUGUUUUAUAAAUCAACUCCCAGCGGUGAACUGGAUUGCUGUCUGUGGUCUCUCACUUGUGUGAUUAAAGGAGUGCUGAGGGGAGACUUCAGAAACAAAAACGAUGUUUUGACAAAGCUUCUUGGAGCAAUGGAUCCAUCCCUCACUUGCUUGUACGCCAGCCUUCUCCCUCAACACACACUGGAACCUCGCAAAACCGAAGUGACGAAACAUUGCAGAACUUUGUGCACGUUCUUUGACCUUCUCGAAGUCCUCAGCGCUGCUCGGCUGAGAUGCGGGGUCUGUUCAUCUGUACAAAGAACCAUAUUCACAGAGUCCCGAGCUCUCCUGCAUGUCAUGAGAACCGACGUGGAGUAUUUUGUAACUAAAAGAGCGUUACUUCUUCUGAAGAGAAAUCUUCUGCGGAGAGCUGGAGAGGACUGGGCGUUGGGUGACGUGCAGUCUGGGUCACAUGUGGAUGAAGGGCUGAAUGAAGACCUGUUGGUCGUGGCAGAUGCCGUGUUAAAUGAAGUGAAGGCCGGUUGGCUCCAGGAAGUGUCUGUGAAAGCUCAGCCCAGUUUCUUUGGUGGGAACUGUGAUGUGCAUGUUGGAGGAACUCUGAGAGAUAAUGUGAUGUUAAGAGCUUUGAGUCUAAUUCUGCUGAAGUCGCUAGAAAUAAACAUUCAGUCCACUUGUGGGAAAGGAGCUGAGAGUAACAUUGACGUCCAGCAGUAUCUAACAGAGCUCAUGACGUUUCUGCGGUGCCACGCGACCCAUCUGUCUACUGAAGCUCACAACUGUUGCUGGGUGACUUCAGUGUUUGCUGAACAGGAUGAUGACAUGAUCGAAUCAGCCAAAGCUCUCAUUGCCUUGUACCUGUAUCAGAAAAGUUUGAAUUUCUCAGUUCCUGUUUGCCUUUGGGGCUGUAACCCCCACUGUCAUUUCAUUAUCUUGCUCCGGUCCCUCUCCUUCGACCACACCGUGCUACUCGAUUUCCUCAUCUCCACCGAAACCUGUUUCUUGGAGUAUUGCGUCCGCUACUUGAAGCUCCUCCGUGAGGACUGGACGGGGUUUUUUAGGUCUUGUCGCCAUAUUGAAGAUUCUGAUGGGAAGCUCGGUGGCCCUAGAAAACUGACAGCUAAUCUCAUGGUAGAAGCUCUGUCGGAUAAAGAAACACCUGAAUCGUCUCAGAUGUAUGUAGUUUCCUGCGCAAGAUCGCCAACAGGAAGUGAUGUCAGAGCCGGCGCAGUUCCACGAUUGGUUGAUUAUGGAAGCUCAGAUGAAUCCGAGGAGGCAGAUGAGAGCAGUUCUGACCUCCACACGAAUGCAGUUGAUUUUGGUAGGAUGGACGUUGAAGGAUCUUUGUACCCAUCCGUAACCACGAUGGAACAAGAUCAUGUAUUUGAAUGUCUGUUUGAUAAAGUGCUGGCGUGUCUUGAGGAGUUGAAGGUGGCAAUAAUGAGACUGCAUAACAAGGGUCUCUUUCCCUACAACCCUACCUCACUUUUAAAACUGUUAAACAAUCUUCAACCCAAAAAGAACUUUGUUAGUCAACCAAGACUCAAAACUGUCUAACAAGGAUUAUUAUAACCAGAAAGACGAGAUUCUGCAUCCACAAAAGGCUUCAUUUCAUAAGGAUUUAUUUAUUUUUCAUCUUUAAAGAUCAAAAAGACUUGAUGUAGUAUGAACAUAUUGUUUCAUUAAAAACCCCAAACUUCCUCCCCAUCCAAAGGGUCAUAUAGGAAACUUUGUGAAGUGGAAACUUUAAAAA